GCCACGUUCCCGUGCCGUGUCCGCGAGUGUACAUUGAACUGCGAAUUGCUACCCGUAUGCUCGCUAUGCUUCGCGAUCCCGAAUCUUUGAGAUCGUGGAUGGCUGACCAUGCGUUCUCACCCAAAUAUUUCCAGGCCGAAUUCUUCAUCAGGAUGCGAUAUAAGCAUUGUCACCCGCUCUGUCUCCAGCUUGUCCGCCCUCCCUCUGGUCCAACAUGCUGCUUGCAUCCACUUCUCUCAUCUUACUGGGACUCGUGUUGACGGGACCGGUGGCAGCCACUCUGGAGGUCGUUGGAAGCCCGUAUAGACUGCUUCUCACCUCUCGUCAAGUACCCAGAGGUGAAGUUGCUCGGUCGCGGAAGCGAUCCUUGUCUGCCUUCGGCAUCCCCCUUGCUGAGGAGUUCAACGGCACUGAUUUACAGUGGUUUGGUAAUAUUUCAGUCGGGACUCCGCCCCAGACGAUUCCUGUAGUGUUUGACACGGGAAGUUCGACGUUGGAAUUCGCCAGUACGGAAUGCGGUGCCGCAUGCGCGAACCAGAUUAAGUUUGACCCUAGUCUGAGCUCUACGUAUGUCGGAUCCAACGACACUUUCGAGAUAGCCUUCGCGACUGGUGGAGGGGUUAAUCCGAUUGUAUCCGAUGACGAAUACGUACUUUGGUUACGUGCCGGGAAUGAUACCGUGACCGUUGGUGGAAUCGCCACUCCGAACGUAGAACUCUACACCAUAAUCAACCAAACAGCUGCGUUCGCACCAGAUCCUUACAGUGGCAUCCAAGGGAUGUCAGCCAUUGCUCAGGGCUUCUUCGCGGGAUUGAUCGAGCAAGGGCUGCCUGCAAUGUUUGGCAUGUAUCUCACGCCCCAUACCGUGGGUAAUGCGGAGCUCACAUUGGGUGGAGUGGACGAGUCGAAGAUAAAUGGAACGAUAGAAUGGGCUGACAAGGUAGUGGACCCCUAUGGUGAUUGGCAGCUGAACUCAUCUCGAAUCUCCGUCAACGGCAAGACAACACUACUGCUCACCAGCAAUCGCACGAUAAUAUUCGAUAGUGGUACAAGUAACGUCUAUUUCAGCCCAGACAUUGCCAAUGCAAUAUACGCGUUGAUUUCGCCGGAUAUCCAACCAUACACAGCUGAACCAGGAGCGUAUGCCAUUUCAUGCGAUAAGAUCGAUGAGCUCCCGGCUCAGAUCGAUAUCACCUUCACAAAUAUCGAGGGCGCCGCGUUCAACCUCACGAUCCCUAGUAGCGAGCUCAAUGUUGGGCCGUUCACAGGUGAUCCGUCAAUUUGUCAGACGAUGAUCAAUGCAUUGGAGGGUCUGGACCUGGUUGGAGGCAGUCUAUUGAAGCACUAUUAUAGCGCCUGGGACCUGACAAACCAGCGAAUAGGCUUUGCCCCGAACGGCGUCCCGGAAUGGCUGGGAGGCGGAGUUUUAUGAGGCGCUCAUGUACACCGCACUCGUGUUGUAUAUGUUCCGUCUGCAGCGCAACAUUCUCGUUGAACGUCCA